AUGACUUCCCUCAAACAGUUCAUUCGUAACGUCCGGUCCGCAAAGACGAUUGCAGAUGAGCGGGCGGUAGUGCAAAAAGAGAGUGCUGCGAUCCGCGCCUCGUUUCGAGAGGAAAGCCAUGACUCCAAUGUUCGACAAUCAAGUGAUUUGAAUCAUUCCAACCAAUACAUCGUCGGUCUCGCCCUCUGCACUCUAGGCAACAUUGCGUCGGUCGAGAUGUCUCGAGAUCUAUUCGCCGAAGUCGAAUCACUAAUUACCACGGCUAACCCAUACAUUCGACGGAAAGCUGCAUUAUGUGCUAUGCGCAUUUGCCGCAAGGUUCCCGACCUACAGGAACAUUUCUUGGAGAAAGCCAAGAUACUUCUGUCUGAUCGCAACCACGGAGUUCUGCUCUGCGCUUUAACAUUGGCCAUCGAUCUUUGCGAACAUGCGGAGGAGUUUGAAGAAGGUCCCGAGGAUGUGGUCGAGAUGUUUCGCCCUUUGGCAGGCCCACUCGUCAAAGUUCUCAAGAGCUUGACUACUUCGGGAUAUGCUCCGGAACAUGAUGUCUCUGGUGUCACUGAUCCGUUCUUACAAGUCAAAAUUCUGCGUUUUCUACGUGUUCUAGGACGAGGAGAUGCAGCUACCAGUGAGCUUAUUAAUGAUAUUCUAGCCCAAGUGGCUACGAACACCGAAUCAUCCAAGAAUGUUGGCAACGCUAUUCUCUACGAGGCUGUGCUCACGAUCCUCGACAUCGAGGCCGACUCUGGGUUGCGCGUUCUGGGAGUCAAUAUUCUUGGAAAGUUCCUUUCCAAUAAGGACAACAAUAUUCGUUACGUGGCCUUGAAUACGCUCAUCAAGGUUGUGGCGGUCGAGCCUAAUGCAGUACAACGUCAUCGGAAUACUAUUUUGGAUUGCUUGCGCGAUCCCGAUAUCAGUAUCCGUCGGCGAGCACUCGACUUGAGCUUCACAUUGAUCAAUGAGGGCAAUAUCCGUGUCCUCGUUCGUGAGCUUUUGGCCUUCCUGGAGGUGGCCGACAACGAAUUCAAGCCGGCGAUGACCUCGCAGAUUGGCAUUGCCGCAGACCGAUUUGCUCCUAAUAAGCGAUGGCAUGUUGAUACCAUGCUUCGAGUCCUGAAACUCGCUGGUAGCUACGUCAAGGAGCAGAUCCUUUCAUCAUUUGUCCGACUUAUUGCUACGACCCCCGACCUUCAGACUUACGCUGCACAGAAAUUAUAUGCUGCCCUGAAAGCAGACAUCACACAAGAAGGACUGACACUGGCAGCGUCGUGGGUCAUUGGUGAAUACGGCGAUGCCCUUCUUCAGGGAGGCCAAUAUGAAGAAGAGGAGCUGGUCAAGGAAGUUCGCGAAAGCGACAUCAUGGACUUGUUCACCAACAUUCUCAACAGCACAUCUGCUACGCAGAUAGUUACGGAAUAUAUAACUACCGCGAUCAUGAAGCUCUCUGUUCGCAUGUCAGACCCGUCUCAGGUGGAACGAGUCCGACGCUUCUUGACCGGCCACACCGCUGAUUUGAACGUGGAAGUGCAGCAAAGAUCUGUGGAAUAUAGUAAUCUAUUUGGGUAUGACCAGAUCCGGCGUGGAGUCUUGGAGCGAAUGCCGCCCCCCGAGAUCCGAGAGGAACAAAGGGUGCUCGGAGAGCCAACAAACAAGCGACAGAGCCGAAUGCUCAAGGACAAGACCAAGAAGCCAGUUAAGCAAACAGAGGACAUGCUUCUCGAUCUCAUGGGUGGUUCAGACGUCCCAGCAGUCACGAGCCCGACGGGUGCUAAUGGCGUGUCAACGAAUACCGCAGAUCUGCUGGCGGAUAUCCUUGGUGGUGGAAGUGGCACCCCAUCGCCCGCUCCACAACCUACAGCAACAUCCAACACCAGCGCUAUAAUGGAUUUAUUUGGCUCAAACGGAACACCGCCACCAGCACGUCCCCAAACCCAGUCUCCACUACCCACUACCACUGCAUCCCAAGAUCUUCUAGGAGGACUAGGCGGUCUGUCAACACCAUCACCCGCAUCUCCUUCUCCUGCCGCAGCACACACCGCAUUCAACAAAGAUGAGCUAGCGCUCACAUUACAAGUACAGCGAAACGCCAGCGGGUCUGGUGCCCAGAUUCUUGCCCGGUUCCGCAACCAGUCCGAUUUUCAGCAAAUCACAAGUGUGGGCCUGCAAGCUGCAGUCCCCAAGAGUCAGCGACUGCAACUGAGUGGUAUUAGCAAAGCAGAUCUCGGUGGAGGAGAGGAGGGUACUCAGGCCAUGAAAAUAGCUGCUGUUGGCGGGGCACUACCACCUAAACUCCGUCUACGUCUUCGUAUAUCAUAUGGCAAAAACGGGGCAACCCCAGUCACUGAGCAAGUAGACUGGACGGAGCCUUGA